UUUUCUCAGCUCAUACGCAGUUGACUGAACACCGCCAUGUUGAUUACUCUGCAGCAGGGGAAGAGAGCAGCUCAGAGAAAUGUUUGUCACGGUCUUUGUUAAAGUUUAAUUUGAGAGACCUGUUAACAACGAGCUGUGAGACACAGAGGAGCAGUUUAAGAGCGUCACAGUGCUGCAGCUGAAGAAGAAGAUCGACUUCGUCGAGUUGGUCCCAGUAGAUCAACAGCAGCUGAUCUUUGGAGGCAAACAGCUGGAGGACGAUGCUCUGCUGGUUUCAUGUGGAAUCCAACACAAGACAACCAUUGAGUUAACUCUAAGAUGGGAGACGGCCACUUUGUACUGGCUGUCAAGCUCUUCGUUAAAGGGUGUUUUGGGAAGACCGUAGGGGUCCACCUGCGCUACAAUGAGCUUGAGAGCGUCACAGGGCUGCACCUGAAGGAGAAGAUACAGACUCUCACAGGAUACCCAGUAAAUCAACAGCAGCUGAUCUUCGGAGGCAAACAGUUGGAGGACGAUCGUCUGCUGGUUUCAUGUGGAAUCCAACAUGAGUCAACCAUUGAGUUAACUCAAAGGCUACAGGGAGGAGGCCUCCCGUCUGGUGACCCAGGACGUGAUGGAAUGGGGGACAAGGAUGGCAAAAACAGAAGUAUGGAACAUUUAGUUCUUUUUUAAACCCAUUCCCUGUCUGUUUCCUGGGACACAUUUUUAUAAAACACCAGAGCUGCACUUCACUGUCCUGACAGUCAGCUCAGGUGACAUUUUGUUGUGAUUUGUUAAAAAUCAAAUUUUUGGCAGCCUGCUGUUUUCAUAGCCUGGGUAUACACAUACUGCCUUGCACACUCGAUUUCAUUUCGAACUGCAAGACAGCAUGGUGUCCAUGGCCAUUUCUUAGCCCUGCUUUAGGGAUCCAAUCACAGAACGGGGAGGGACGGUAAGACGAUGACGCGUACUAUUGGACAGACGGAAGCUUGUAGUUUUGUAGUUUUCUUACGGAUCCAACAUGGCUGCAGCAGACGCGAAGCUCUCUUUGGAUCUAGCUGUAGACAGUGUUCUAGAUAGUUUAGAGCCAAAGUUGAGAAGAGUUACACUCUGCUCUGUUAUUAAUAUUUUUAUUUGUAUGAUAUAUGUAGACCAAAGAGUUUGUUGUAUUAAUUCUGACUUUUCAAUAUUUGUUUAAAAAAAAUGUAUGUGUUUUUUAUCAUCUUUCUGACUUUGCUGGAUAUUAAACCAUUUUUCCGGUAUUAACAUG